GGUCUGCGAUAUCGGUGUUCGGAGCUUUAUGCGAGGGGUUUUCCCGACCCACAAUACUUUGUCAGUAAUGGCGUCGCCAGACAAGGUUGGAAAUUGUGCAGACCAUGAAAUAGAUGAGGCUUCACUUCAAUCCUUUCCAAAUGAAGUUAUGGCUUGAGUGAGCAGGAGAGAACAAUCAUGGUCAAAAUGACAUCUCCAGCUGAGCAGUCAUGUCAAGAUGAGGUCUGAUUCUAACUGAUAACCAUGGCGGAGCAGAUUCUUCAAGCCGUUCAGGAUGUUAACAAUGUUGGGUCUUUAGCAGAAGUUGAUGCUGUUGUGACCGACUUCCCUGCUGUUGAAGUAGAGGUCCAUGCGAAGGCCAUCCAUGAGAUCGGAGGUUUGCAGACACUGACAGCAGUGAUGACUGAAGCUGAAAACAGUGGGAUGGAGGCAGACGCUCUGCUUCCAAACAAUAUAGUCAAGGAGGUCACUCAAGGUCAUUCUCACAGGGACUUGGAAGGACAGGAAGGUGUUGAUCCUAAAAUGCAGAUUCUCAUUUCUAAUGAUGACAGAGAAAAUACUGCUGUAUAUUUAGUGGAUUACAAUUACUCGGACAAAGAUAUGAAGGAUCAGAUUGUUUCAGGACUGACUGACUCUAGAACGAUUAAUGUUUCAUUGAAAUCUGAAGAGCAGAAAUCGGACCAGCUCUCCAGUCAGGAACAUCAGCCCUCAGGGUCCUCAGUUGAAUGUGGGUCACCUGCUGAGUGUGACUCAUCAGCUGAAGGUUCCGCCAAGACAGCAUCUCCACAGCAAGAAGACAAUAGACAGGUCAACCUGGGUGUGUCAGGGACAGGAAAGGUGGAAUCUCACAACACACGAUCUCAACAGGAACUUCUACAGCAUGUGGAACUUAGGGGAAAGGAUGCAGCUGUUACUCGCUCUGGAAGAAGAGCUGCGAGGUCACCCCAGCGGAAUCUUUUAUGGUGUCAAGACUGUGGCAAGAGCAAUGUCGGCCAUUGUCGGAAACAUGGCUCCCUGAUUACUGUUCCUGACUCACACGUCCCGACAUAUGCUCGACUUACGCUGCCAUCUGUGCUGGUUAUUAAAGUUGGUAGUAAAGGGGAAGGUGUCUUUGCCAAAAAAUACAUAAAGGCACGCACUCAGUUUGGUCCACUCAAGGCUCCAUUCUGUACAGAUACAAGCAAGUCAGACAAAGGACACUCCGACUUUUACCUUAAGGGCUAUGACAGUGAUGACGACAUGUUGCUGUAUGACUUGAGCAGCGAGGCGGAGUGUAACUGGAUGAUGUUUGUGCAGCCGGCCCAGACCUAUACUGACCAGAACAUGGCCGCUUAUGUGUAUGACCGUAUGGUCUACUAUACAACCAUCAAGCCGAUAGAGUAUGGGAAGGAGUUGAAGGUGUGGUAUGCUGCAGACUAUGCAGUGAAGAUCGGCAUGUCUCUGUUCACUGAUGUCCAACAGGAGACAGGGACAGACAAAGGGAAGCAGGGGAAGCAACACAAAGGAGAUGAUAACAUGACAACCCCGCCGGAAUUGGAGGUGGAUGUAGCAGACAACACUGAUGAUGAGUUCCAAGUAGCGGAAAAUGAAGACGGUGACAGUUCAUCGGACAGUUACAGUGGGACGCACUGCAUCUCGUGUGACACUCAGUUCAAGACCAAAACCCAGCUGUUCAGCCACUCCUGUACCCCGAGGAAGACGUCCAGCAAGAGGAAGAGAGGCUCCGGCUCCACCAGGCGGAAAGGCAGUCCCAGGAAGCUGGCCCUAGAUGAUGAUGAGGACGAUGAUGUGGAUGAUGACGACGAGGAGUAUGAGGUAGAGGUCAAGGCCAAGAAAAGCAAGAGGAAGGCAGGACGGAAGUCACAAAAUCGAUCGAAAGGUAAAACCAAGCGGAAAAGGAGGGAGAGUAGUGAGAAGAAGAAAUAUGCGAGAACACCCAAGUUUUCUUGUUCAUAUUGCCCAGAACAGUUUGCGGCCGAAGACUUUUAUCGGGCACAUGAAGCUUCUCACACUGGGAAAAGCGCUUACACUUGUGAUGUACCUGACUGUGGGAAGGGCUUUGUGACCAAAUUCACUCAUUGGAGGCACAUGUUGUCUCACCGUAAACCCAUGAACAGACAGUGUCCAUAUUGUGAUAAGGCAUUCAACAGAAUGGACCACCUAAAGACUCAUCUCAAGACUCACGAUCAACAUCGGUUUUCAUAUCUAUGUGACAAAUGUGGAAAGUCUUACUUACAUAAAAACACCUACGACUAUCACAUGGCCUUGCAUGAAGCCAAAGAAGGCGUGUCUCUUGUGUGUAUGAUAUGUUCCGCCAAGUAUGAAACCAAAGAGCAUCUUAUCAAACAUACACUCACCCACAAUAGAUACAAGUCUCUUGUUGAUACACCCAAGAAACAUGCGUGUCCAAUAUGUAAUAGAAUGUUUGGGACAAAUAAGGAUGUGAAAAGACACAUGGUUGUGCACACUAAAGAGAAGUGUUUUCUUUGUGAGUUAUGUCCUCAGACGUUUGGGAGGAAAGAUCAUCUACACAGGCAUUAUAAAACUAACCAUUGUAAAGAAGCUAAAAAGGAGAAGCCGGUUGAAGGAGAACAAGUGUUCAGUUGUCAGCAUUGCCCGGAGAUAUUUCCAAAGAAGAAGCUGCUGACGAACCACGUAAGGUAUACACACGAACAGACCAUGAGACAACAGCUUCCGGAGGGAGAUGAACAUCCACUAGCGCAAGCUGCUGGUGAUAUCACAGAGGCAGCUGUGACGUCGUCUUCUUACAACCUGUACACCCUCUCCACACCACAGCUCAACUCCAACAACCCCGUAGCUGUGGCUCCCAAUCAGGCAGCUAAAGCAUUAGAGCGGUACAUCAACACCAACGUGACCACCUCCAGCAAUGUGAUAACACCUCAGACUGUCAUGGAGGUGUCUGCUCCAGUGACCUUCAUCAACGGCCAGACCAACAUGCCCGUAACUGUGAUGCCCCAAGGAAGGGAGUGUCCAGAUCAGCUUCAGCAGGUGAAGGAUCGACCAGUGUUCCAAGAUCAAAUGGCACCUCAGCGACAGACUCGACCAAUGCCAUGGUCGUUCACUGUCAUAGAGGAGAGAGAUGACCACAGUUAUUCCACAGCACCAGCUCCUGCCUGGACUCCUAAAGUGCCAAACUUUCGUCAAGGGGGAACGUCUGUCGCCGAAGUGGAGACUGCUCGGUUGCUUCAGUCUGCGCAGACGUCUCAUGGCUCUUUCUCAGGACAGUGCAAUAACGCCACCACAAUGGCUGUGGCCUGGGACACCAUGACGGAGUAUUUUGCUGUCCAGCCAUGCAAUAACAUUACAGAGGUCGUGACAUCCAACAGUAUCGUACAGCAGACGCAAGCCCAGCAGAUCACUCAGAACAUGGCUCAUAUUCCCAGAGGUCAUCUCCAGCAAGGCCAUGCCCACCAUCAAGCUCAAUGAAACUACCUUCACUUAAUCUUAAGGGUUAAAGGUGCUAAAACUAUAAGCUGAUGACAUACUGUAGAUAUUUGUAACUUUAAUAAUCAUAAAUAGCUUAUCUGUCAUUCGUCAUUAGCAGAAUAAAGACCUUACCUGAAGAAGAUGCUGCUUAUUCAAUUUGGGUCAAUCACUGUGUUAUUUCAUACCCAAAUAUUUUGAAUAUUCAACAAUAUUCAGUAGUUGUACAAUCUGUCUAUGUGACCUUUUUUAAGAUAGGGAAGA